UUACUACAUUUUUAGAAGUUAUAAGAUAUGCCCGAACGUCUAAAUACACCAAUAAAUAAUCCAGAAGAUAAGAACGAGCUGGACAAUGUCAUCGCAGAAGAAGAAGCUAUCGGUGAAAGUGUUGACAACAUUUUAAGAAAAAUUGGUGCUUGUGGUCCUUCCAACAUUUUAAUCCUUAUUGGCUGCAUGAUUUUAAAUUUCGGUAUUUCUCCACAAACACUUUUAAUGUAUUUCGCAGCCAACGAUCCCCCUUGGAAGUGUGUGAACAGCAGUAGAAAUGUAUUUUGUGAACAUUCUAGAGGUAAAAUCUUUGAUUCUACGGACGAUAACUUUCAAAAGCGUUGUUCAUUUAAUCGCUCUGACUGGGAGUACACUACCAACUCGAGAUACUCCAUUGUAACCGAAUUUGAUCUAGUAUGUGGCAAAGAUUCUUUUGCAGCUCUAGCUAACUCAGCAUUAUUUAUUGGAUGGGGCAUCGGUGGUGUGUUUACUGGAUUGAUUUGUGAUAUGGUUGGUCGAAAGUUAACCUUGACGGCAUCAUUUUUGAUUACUACGCUCCUGUCGUUAGCUUGCUGUUUUAUCACAGCCAUAUGGCAAUUGGUUUUACUUCGAACAUUUCUUGGCAUUUCAACGGGUACCGUUAUGGCUGUUCAAUACAUUUUGCUAUCUGAAUUGACUGCUCCUGAAAAUCGCUCGUUGCAAAUAAACACACUUGGCCUUGCAUUCACAUUAUCGCUUUCCGCUUUAACUGGUAUUGCUUAUUACAUACGAGAGUGGAGGCACUUGGUUAUGUUUGUUACAAUACCAGUUUUGGUUGGUUUAAUAAUGACAAUUGUGUUGCCAGAAUCACCAAGAUGGCUCUACACAAAAGGCAAGCUCGUUAAAUCAGAGCGGAUUUUGAAGAAAAUGGGUAGUUUAAAUAAUCGCGACUCGACGGGAUAUAAGUUAAAGCCAACCAUUGAAAGCAACGUUAAAGAAAAAACCUAUUCGUAUUUAGAUAUGUUUAGGACUUGGUCUAUCACGAUGUUUGUAUUAGCUCAAGCUGUUGGUUGGUUUACAAAUGGCCUUGUGUAUUAUGCGCUUUCUCUCGAAGCUGCCGACUUGGGAGGGGACAUCUACACAAAUUUUGUUAUGGUUGCGUUUGCAGAUGUACCUGGCAACAUCUUGGCCAUUUAUAUUUGUAAUCGUUUUGGAAGAAAGAAGUCUACCCUUCUUUCCUUCUUGAUAGGCGGUUUGUUGCUUGGCUGUAUAGCACCAAUACCGAAAUCAUAUUCACACGGUCACAUCAUUAGAAUCGUACUUGCUUUAAUUGGUAAAUGUUGUAUAGAUAUCUCGUUUAGCGGUUUUUACAUUUGGACCUUGGAGUUGUACCCUACGGUUGUGCGGACACAGGGAAUGACAAUUUGUCAGAUUUCAUGUCGCGUUGGUUCUGCUUCAGCCCCAUUUAUCGUGAACGUUUUGAGAAAUGUAUGGCCACCUUUGCCGUUUAUUAUUAUGUGUGGGGCAUCCAUCUUGGCUGCUCUGAUGGGAUUGAUCCUCCCAGAAACAUCUGGGAAAGCUACAAGAGAGAAAUAUGAAGAUAUAUAUACAAAGCCGUCUAAUAUUUCUUUAUUAAAAGAUGAAUCCCGACCUCUUAUGUCAGAUACUGAUGAAUUGCCAGUAGUUGCUUGAUUGAGGGUAUAAAAUUUUGUAAUGUCGGAAUUGUACGGACCAAUUACUUUAGGAACAAGUUACACACUUUUUUUAUAUGAGGUUAUCAGGCUUGGACUUUAGGUACAAAAAAACUGGUCUUAAUCUUGUUAAGUAUGAUUUUAAGCGCGUAGUGUGAACAAAAAGUUACUUGUAGCGCGAGUUGACGCUUGUCAGAGGCCAAUUUUAAAAUCAAAAAUUUUUUUUUCAGGCUGCUAAUCGGAGUUCAUGCCAAUUUCAAAGAAAACUGACAUAUUUCUGUAUGUUUUCCUCGUAUUUUGCAUUGUAUUGUGCACAAUUUAGGGACAAAAAAAGGUUUUGACGUCAAAAUACUUCUAGUUAGCUAUAUUAUAUUUCUCAAAAGUUUUUUUUUCCAGAAUUAUUUAUUAGCUAAAUAAAUAUAAAAGCUAAUUAAAUUCUCUAUAAGAUAAUAAAAUUUGCAUAUUUUUCCAGCUAGUCAUAAAUUUACAUUUUUAAUUGCUUUAAAUGAUGACCGUCAGCAAUAAUUUUGUGUAAAAGUACUUCUAUUAUUUGGAUGCUUUGUGUGAUAUUUACACUAUUUAGAAAUGAUUUAUUAAUUUAUUUAGACGGCAAUUGUCCAAAAUUGGAUACCAGAUCGAUAAUGAGAUCUAAAUUAUUUUGUGCAUUUUUGGUUAAAAAAAUACUUUUUAACUCAUUUGGAUCAAGCUAGAUAAUCUUGCAAGACACAAAAAGCCUCCAAAACAGGGAAAAUCGAAAUUUUCGUAGGUUGUAACUUCAGAAAAACAUUUCAUACGGCGUAAAUAUGCGUUUUAGCUUUUGUUCGUGAGCGUUUGCGUGAUAUACUGUCUGCUUGAAAGUUUUCCAAAAAAAUUUUUAAACAUUUUAUUCCAAGUAAUAAGAAUUCAAUAGAAAUAAGUUAGUAAAAAAAAAAAAGUAAAAAAAAAAAUUGGGGAGCAAAAGGCCAAAAAACGGUAAUUUUUUCCAAAUAUUAUUUUCAGGAUUGAAUAUAUAUAUAACCUUAAUAUUGAAAUAAUAAUUUAUUGUAAACGCCCAAAUAUUCACCUGUAUUAUUAAUUCGCGAAUAACGCAAAAGUAUUCACCUGUAUUAUUAAUUCGCGAAUAACGCAAAAGUAUUUUCGAAUAUUUUUAUAGAAAAAGAAUUUCUUAACAAAAAUUCUCACCUUUCUCUAUUGUACAGCUAAUAAUCCUUUUGUGAUUUUGGCGGCAGCAUCACUUU